AUGGCUUUGGUAUUGGCCGUGGCCGGCUGGGCCCAGGGCCCCAGCCAGUGCCCAGCCCUGCUGGGAGCCCCGGCCAGCACCACGGACGGCACCCAGGAAGCCCGAGUCCCCCUGGACGGGGCCUUCUGGAUUCCCAGGCCACCAGCAGGUUCACCCAAGGGCUGCUUCACCUGUGUGUCCAAGCCUCCUGCCCUGCAGGCUGCAGCAGCCCCGGCCCCUGAGCCUUCGGCCUCGCCCCCCAUGGCACCCACUCUGUUCCCCAUGGAAUCUAAAAGCAGCAAGACUGACAGCGUUCGGGCAUCAGGUGUCCCCCAGGCUUGCAAGCACUUAGCUGAGAAGAAGACCAUGACGAACCCCACAACAGUCAUCGAGGUCUACCCGGACACCACGGAGGUGAACGACUACUAUCUGUGGUCCAUCUUCAACUUCGUCUACCUCAACUUCUGCUGCCUGGGCUUCAUUGCUCUGGCCUACUCCCUCAAAGUUCGGGACAAGAAGCUCCUGAAUGACCUGAAUGGAGCCGUGGAAGAUGCCAAGACAGCGCGGCUGUUUAACAUCACCAGCUCUGCGCUGGCAGCCUCCUGCAUCAUCCUCAUCUUCAUUUUCCUGCGGUACCCCCUCACUGACUACUGAGCCCUUCAGGCAGUGGCCUUGGAGACACAGCACUGAGACUGAUGGUCACUGAGAUUCAGGAUGCUGAGAGUGUGGGGCAGAGUGGGCUUUUACCAAGGCCCAGAGCCAUGCAUGGUAGCAAGGCCGCCAGAAGCUGAGUGCCCAACAAAGUGGCACACUCUUCCCAAUCACCCUAUCUGCCUCCUGCCCCUGUCGUGAUGUCACUGAAUCUCUAGGCUUCCUCUCACAAUGCUGCCUGGUUGCCAGUGGCUGCCGACCCAUGCACCCUACCCAGGUUCCUGCACUCCUCAGA